AUGUCGAAACUUUCCGACUAUCGCUUGCUUUCAUUCGAUGUUUACGGCACUCUAGUUGACUGGGAAGGGGGAAUUCUCCAUGCUUUCCAGCCAACUUUGACCAAGAAUAAUGCACAAUCUGCACGACAAGAUCUAUUAGCUCUUUAUCACGAGUUGGAGCGAGAGCAACAAAAACAGACUCCUGAGAUGCCCUACCACGAGCUUCUGACUACUGUUCAUCCGAAACUUUGCCAGCGGUUGGGACUAGAGACACCUACCCAGACUGAGAGCAGUUCUUUCGGCGAAUCGAUUGGACACUGGCCCGCAUUCCCCGACACCGUCGAGGCUCUUAAGCGCCUAUCCAAGCAAUUCAAGCUAGUUGUACUAUCGAACGUUGAUCGUACUUCCUUUGCCAAGACCAACGCUGGAAGCCUUCAGGGUUUCCAUUUUGACCAAGUCAUCACUGCCCAAGAUGUGGGCUCCUAUAAGCCUGACCUGCGCAACUUUCAGCAUAUGUUGGAUGCCGCGGAAUCCGCCUAUGGAAUUCAGCCCUCCGAGGUUCUACAGACUGCCCAAAGUCAAUUUCAUGAUCAUCACCCCGCAAAGAAAAUGGGGAUCAAGUCUGUUUGGAUUGAGCGCCCUGGAGCCACAAUGGGCAAUCUUUCACAAAGUAUUUUUGACUGGCGCUUCGAUACAUUGGGAGAUAUGGCGAAUGCUUUGGAGGCUGGAAAAUAA